UUUGUAUGUGUGUAUAUAUACAUCGAAAGAGCUGAGCAACGAAAAAGGAAAGCAUCGACCGUCACCUUCUGUGCCGCCGCCGCCACCACCACCACCACCACCCCAAACACCGCCGCCACCUCCGCAUUUCCUAUUUUACAGCUACUCUAAUAUUUAACUCCGCAAAAAAAAGAAAAAAAAUGAAAUUAUCUCCAACUACAAGUGGUGAAUUAUUAGGGAGCUGCAAAUACAGGGACGAGCUCCACAUAAUCUCGAUCGACAGUGAUUCGACUCUAAAGGAUAUUUUCUUCCACCUCGCAAGGAAAUGGAUCGAAUUCGAAAUCAACGGCCAGACUCAGAUCCUCACCGUACAGUACAGAGCUCCCCACGAAAACAUGUAUGUGACAUUGGGCGACGACGAAGACGUUUCGAAUAUGGUCGCGCUUCACCGGAUUCUGAAAACCAGCAUUAUCGACAUCCUCGUAACUCGAAAGGAAAACAUCAAUUUUUUUUCGCAGAAGAGGAAAAAAAUCAGUGAAGAUAGCUUCGAUGGCCGUUCGAAGAAGAAGAAGAAACCAACCCACACGUUUGGUCACUGGAUGGGUCGCGGAGGAUUAGUAAACCCGUGAAAGAAAACGAAGUUUAUAUGUAUAUUAGUUGAACUGGGGUUUGUUGGUAUUUUGUGAUAUUUGUAACAAUGUGUUAUGUUUAUGUCACUCUAAUGUUUAUGUACUGAUGUAACUGUGUAGUGUACUUAGAACGGCUGAUUUUGUACAUCUAACUUGCUCGCGAUCGAACAAGAUGUGAUUAUCGGAAACUAAGAUGUUAUAUUAUGUUUAUGUCAUUAUGUACUCCGUUUUCAUGUC